CUCAACCGCUGCCUCUUCUCUUUGCAGAACAUGGACCACGGCAGGGCCUGGGGAUACCUGACCUUCAGAGGCAAAACCGAAGAGGAGGAGAGGGAGAUUGAAAAAGCCAUGUACCAUGACUGGCGUAUGGUGCCCAAGCAUGAGGAGGAGAACUUCAAGAAGUUCACCCCAGUGCAGGUGGAGACUGUUCGGUUCCUGCCUUACCCUCCCCUGCUCCGAGCCAUGAUCCUCGCCCAGUGGCAGAAGGAGGGAAAACCAAUCACAGAGGAGCCAAUGAUUGAUGUGGAGAAGGUUCUGGCCACUCCUCGUAAGCAUGGAAAGAGAAGAGCUACAGGGACACCAGUAUAA